AUGGCUACUUACCAAAACGGCGUGGCUCCGGCCCGCGCCAUGGAUGACGACAGCGACGUCGAGGAGGAGGCUCUUGUGGCCGAGUACAAGGAGCAAGUUCAGUACGAGGAUGGUGAUGAUCUCAGCCGCACCACCUCUCUGAACCUCGCCCAGCAGACCGACGAUAUCCAGAGCCGACUUGUCCAGGCUGCUCAGCCUCUCGACUUCCAGGCGCCUCUCGAGGCCAAGUUCCAGAGCUACGAUGCCUACUGCAGCUUGUUCCACUUCAUCCUGAACUCUGAGGGUCCCGUCGAUCUCGAGCCCCCUUCUUACUACUGGGCUUGGGAUGUUAUCGAUGAGUUCAUUUACCAGUUCAACUCUUUCUCCUCGUACCGAAUGCGAAUUGCCCGCCAAACAACCAACGAGGAGGAGCGUCAGGCUCUCCGCGAGAACCCCAACACAUGGGGCUGCUACAGCGUCCUCAACGUCCUGUACUCUCUCAUCCAGCGAUCUCAGAUCACCGAGCAGCUCGGUGCCAUGAAGCGUGGAGAGGACCCUGCAGCCGUUGCCGGCGAGUACGGCAACAAGAACCUUUACAAGAUGUUGGGUUACUUCUCCAUCAUUGGUCUUCUCCGAGUCCACUGUCUCCUUGGUGACUUUAGCCUGGCACUCAAGACACUUGACGACAUUGAGCUCAAUAAGAAGGCCAUGUUCGCCCGUGUCAUGGCUGCCCACUUCACCACAUACUACUAUGUUGGUUUCUCUUACAUGAUGCAGCACCGCUACGCCGAUGCCAUCCGCAUGUUCAGCCACAUCCUCAUCUACGUCUCAAGGACAAAGAACUUCCAGAAGAGCGCCCAGUACGACUCUAUCACUAAGAAGAAUGAGCAGAUGUACGCUCUCAUCGCCAUCUGCGUCGCUUUCCAGCCUACUCGUCUGGACGACACCAUCCACAGCGCCCUCCGUGAGAAGUACGGUGACCAGCUUCUCAAGCUCCAGCGCGGUGGACCCGAGUCCCUCCCCAUCUUCGAGGAGCUCUUCCGCGCUGCGUGCCCCAAGUUCAUCUCCCCCGUUCCCCCAGACUUUGAGAACCCCGAGGCCAACAUCGAUCCCGUCGAGCACCACCUCGCUGUCUUCAUGGACGAGGUCAAGACCAACAUGUGGAGCCCCACCAUCAAGUCUUACCUCCGCCUCUACACCACCAUGGAUCUUAACAAGCUUGCUGGUUUCCUCGAGGUGAAGCCUGAGGAGCUUCGAUCAUGGCUCCUGGUUACCAAGCAGCGAACCAAGCAACUGCGCUGGCAGGACCAGGGUCUGCUUGACGGUGAGCUCGUCAACGUCAGCGACCUUGACUAUGCUCUCCAAGGCGACCUUAUUCACAUCUCAGAGGCCAAGGUGGGACGAAAGCUUGUAGACUGGUAUCUCCGAAACCUGUCCCGCACCUAUAACUGAGGUGCUUUAGAGAGAAUUGGCUAGUCACUUUUUCUCAAAAAAAUCGUGGGGUAUUUGAAUCGAGCCUUGACAGCGCAUAAAGCGUUGAGGCGGAGUACUCCACAACGGCCCAUGGCCAGGGCAAUCAUUACCUGGGGUUAUGCAGGCCGACUUGAUUGGAUGCAUGGCAUGGCAAAGGCGUCUCGGAGUUGGUGAUGCUCGUGCAAGAGCCUGAGAAUUUCUCGGGUUCGGCUGUAUGCGCGGCAGAGAUAUGGGACUUCCUCCUAGAGGUAUGAGGGCCUCUGAAAAGGCUAUGAAGAAUAAAAGGAAUCAAAAGUCAUUUAAUCAA